GAAAGUAAAAAGUGUACCUAACAGCCUUAAGAAACUACAGUGGAGUGUUUGCUCCUUCUCAUUGUGAUAGACUAGUGAUAAUAAUCGUGACAGACUUGUGAUAAAGUGAUAAUAGACUUUUGUAGUUGCUUAUACAGUUUAUUAUUCUUGGUGACAGUUAUUUUUAAACAGUCAUAACAUGAGCUUGUGAUAAUUCUGUGUAAUUUAUUAGGUGGUGAUCAGUUUAUAGUUGUUUCUAGUGUACCUCCGUGUGUUAUAGUGUUGUAAGUAAUAAAUCUAAUCAGUAUAGAUCGCUUCAAAUGUUUUAUUAGUCUAGAAACCCGCUACAGUACCAUUAGUUUUUACUUGUUAGUUGUUUGAAGUGCACUUCGGUCAUGUGCUUUCAAUUUACUUUGAAAGUGCAUCGUUUACUGAGAAAGUGUCUGUGUUUUGCAUACUUUAGAAACUGUUGCACUCAAGCAAAUAGCGAUGGUGUCCGCGGCGGAGUGGACCACUUGGCGGCGAUGAGCGGCGGCGGAGGCAGUGACGGGACACCGAGUGGCGGGGCCACAGGUCGCGGCGGCGCGGUGGCCAAGUGGCUGGUGGCCACACUGGUGGCCUGUGGUCUGGUGGUGCAGUACUCGUACACGUCCGUGUUCGAGGCGAGGCGUCCCAUCGACCCGCUCUUCGUGGUGAACUCGUCGUCGGCCUCAGUGGGCAGGCGCUUCUUCUGGCCCGUGCUCACCAAUAGGUCGGGCAGGGCCGGGUGGGCGGAUGCCAGCGGCUAUCAGAUGAUAGAUAACCGUCCAUUAGUUGAUCAAAACGGCUCGGACAUAAAUGGACCUCGAGAGCUCUGUCCGAUUGUUUCACCGCAUUUGUUGGGUCCGUUCAAGCCGGCCAAAGAAGCGCCGCCCACACUGGAUGAGCUGGAACGCGAACUGGCGUUGGCGGGCGCGCUGCCCGCGUUCGGCGGUCAAUGGCAGCCGGCCACGUGUCGGUCGCGCGACCGAGUCGCCCUCAUCAUUCCCUACCGCGACCGAGCCGCGCACCUCCGCGUCUUCCUCAAGAACAUGCAUCCCUUUCUGCAGCGACAGCAGAUCAGCUAUGGCAUUUUCAUCGUUGAACAGGCUGGUGACGGCCCAUUCAACAGGGCGAUGCUGAUGAACGUGGGGGCGGUGGAGGCGCAGGCCCUGGGCCGGGGGCGGGGUGGGGUCGGUGGCUUCGAUUGCUACAUAUUCCACGACAUCGACCUGCUGCCUGAGGACGACCGCAACAUUUACAACUGUCCCGACCAGCCCCGCCAUAUGUCGGUCGCCAUUGACGUUCUACAGUACAGACUGCCGUACGCAGACAUAUUCGGAGGUGUGAGUGCGCUGAGUCGGAAGCACUUUGAGCAAGUGAAUGGCUUCAGCAACGUGUACUGGGGGUGGGGCGGGGAGGACGAUGACAUGUCGACGCGUCUGCGCACUAAUGGCCUGCACAUCACGCGCUACCCGCCCCACAUUGCGCGCUACAUCAUGCUCAAGCAUCGCAAGCAGAAGGCCAAUCCUAAGCGGUACGAGAUGCUGUACAUGGCCAAGAACCGUUACAAGUCUGACGGUCUCAACAGUCUCCAGUAUCGGCGAGUAGCACUACGCGAGAACCGCUCUCUCACCUGGAUGUUGGUAGAACUGGGCGCACCCAGUUGAUGGUCUGCCUGGGCUGCCCGGCUCUGGGUGGCCCCCAAGGCACCCCCUUCAGCCCCACCAGGCCCCCCCUAGUCUGUGCCUUCGUCUCUCUCUUCUCUCGUCUUUCUCUCUCUCACACACACUCACUGAACGGUAGGUUGGUUCCAAGGAUACUAUAAAGGAUACAAGGAUAGUACAUACUAUCUUUGGACUGGAUCGAGUUAGGCUGGGCGCACUCCAGUUAGUCAGGACAAGACAUGAUCAGACACGUUUAGUCACAGUACUUCAUAUAGCUGCUUGUGACGCAACUCAUACUGAUUAGUCAUUGCAAUUAGACAUGUCUUCAUAUGUGAAGUAUUGUGACUAAACGUUUCUGAUCAUGUCUUGUCUUGUCUCUACUAACUGGUGUGUGUCUAGCCUAAGUAGAUGCGAACAAGCUGGUGUACAAGCAUGACUAUAGUGAGGUCCACGUUAUAAUGGCAAUGGGGAAUGAUAGGGGAACAGCGUUGCCGAUUCUUUGCCUUGCCACUGCCUUCUAUAGAAGAUAGAUGAUACCG